GAAGGAGAAGGGGUAAAGCGAGAGAGGGAGGGAGUUUAAACUAAGAGCUAUGUUUUGGGACAGGCUAAUCUGUGGACGAGCAGGGUGCGGAUCGGAGCGUUUUGUGUGAGCCAGUGUGCGGGUGACCGAUAAGGAGACCAGCUCUCUCUGCAUGCCUGUUUUAAUGUGCUGACUCUGGGGAGAUAAAAAAAGGAAAAAAAAAACAGCAACAUAUUGACUCUUCCUGUGUGUGCCGAGAUCCUGGUUACAGCCGCAGCAUCAGUGGGUUAGCGUACCAGCCUUCGGGAAGGAACACGCACAGCUGACACCAGAACCAAACCCAAUUAAUAGAGGAUUUCUCCCCCUUGUCCAAUUUUCCUUUUUUUUUUUUUUUUUUUUUUUUUAUACAUUUUUUCUUUUAUUUUCUUUUCCGCUCCUUCCCGGGACUGACUCCCGUUUGCGGUAGAGAGCCAGAGAAAAGCCCUGAAGGGCAAGCCACAGAAGACCAGCAAGAGGACGACAGAACAAACCCCCGACUCCCAAGAUGUUUGAAAUAAGCCGGACGCUCAAUGCUGCUUUGUUGAGUAAUGAGCAUCUGAAGAUGAUGUCGCGCUCCAGUCAGCUAUGGGGACUGGGCCCCACUGGCGCCGGCUCCGUGUCUCACACACACUCGCCGCUCUCCCCCCCGCCAGCUCCCUCCAGCCCUGGCCGGAGGCAGGCCGCGUCUGGGAUCGACUGAGACUCAGUGGCGUCAGGCUGAGCUGCCCCAGCUGCAGGGCUGGGCAGAGAAGGGACUGCUGAAUCAGCCAAAGAUGAUCAUCAGUAACAUGGAGGCCCAGGUGACCAACGGGCCUAACUCCAACAGCGCCAACGGCCCCUCCUCCAACAGCCGAGGCUGUCCCUCCCCCAUGCAGACAGGGGGCUCCACCGACGACAGCAAGACCAACCUCAUCGUCAACUACCUGCCCCAGAACAUGACCCAGGAGGAGUUCCGCAGCCUCUUCGGAAGCAUCGGGGAGAUCGAGUCCUGCAAGCUGGUCCGUGACAAGAUCACAGGACAGAGCCUGGGUUACGGCUUCGUCAACUACAUCGACCCCAAGGACGCGGAGAAAGCCAUCAAUACACUCAAUGGUCUCCGUUUGCAGACUAAAACCAUCAAGGUGUCCUAUGCAAGGCCCAGCUCUGCCUCCAUCCGGGAUGCUAACCUGUACGUGAGCGGUCUGCCCAAGACCAUGACGCAGAAGGAACUGGAGCAGCUGUUCUCCCAGUACGGCCGCAUCAUCACCUCACGCAUCCUGGUGGACCAGGUCACAGGCCCCUCAGGUGGCUCCCGAGGUGUCGGCUUCAUCCGCUUUGAUAAGAGGAUAGAGGCCGAGGAGGCCAUCAAGGGCCUGAACGGUCAGAAGCCCUCCGGCGCCGCAGAGCCCAUCACCGUCAAGUUCGCCAACAACCCCAGCCAGAAGACCAGCCAGGCUCUGCUCUCCCAGCUGUACCAGUCCCCCAACCGCAGGUACCCCGGUCCCCUGCACCACCAGGCCCAGAGGUUCAGGCUGGACAAUUUGCUUAAUAUGGCCUAUGGCGUAAAGAGGUUCUCCCCCAUCACCAUUGACAGCAUGACCAGUCUGGUGGGCAUGAACAUCCCCGGUCACACCGGCACCGGAUGGUGCAUCUUUGUCUACAACUUGUCUCCGGAUUCCGACGAGAGCGUCCUAUGGCAGCUCUUUGGCCCCUUCGGCGCCGUCAACAACGUCAAGGUCAUCCGCGACUUCAACACCAACAAGUGCAAAGGCUUCGGGUUCGUCACCAUGACGAAUUAUGACGAGGCGGCCAUGGCGAUCGCCAGUCUCAACGGGUACCGGUUGGGCGAUCGAGUCUUGCAAGUCUCCUUCAAAACCAACAAGACCCACAAAUCCUGAAUCGGUCGGUCGUCACACCAUCACACAGUCCCCCUCCAUCAGCUCCACUAGCACCAUCACACAGCCCCCCAACACAGCAAUUCAGCUCAACAGGGACACAAACCAACUAACCGACACAACCGACAACAACCACAAAAAAGAUAUGGCUUAUAUUAUAACUUUGGACCUAUAAGCCAAUGUUGCCUAAGUAUUACAAAAUGAAAGAUGAAAAUAUCCAACAUGAGUUUGGGGGCGGCGUUCUGGCGACGCCCCGGUUGUAUAGCCUUUCUGUUCCUUGUGGUCGUUUAAUUAUUUAUCUCUUCUAUGUCAACUGUAGCAAUCCCCUCAGUCUCUUUACGUUCCUGAAGAGAAUGUCCUUUUUAGAUUGAACCUUUUCUUGGUCUUGAUUCAGGAUGUCUUCGUUUUUUAAAUCCGGAUCCACUGUCGUUAGAAUUUAACCUCCCUUAAGGCAGUAAAAGGGAGUGGGCUCUUUUUAAAAUCGGUGACCAUUCAUUCAUUUUAGUGUAUAUUAAUUCCCCCUAUCAACUAAGAGGUGGGACACCAUCCUGGUAACUCUGAUGCAGAAAAAUAUGAAUUUCUAACAUUGUUUUUGUUUUGUAUUGCAAACAAGACCCAUGUCCUUUCGUCACUAGGGUUAGGGAGAAGGGGUG